AUGCCGACCAAGAAUCUGAGCUUCGAAGACUGUGACACCACCAGCAUAUAUAAAGCCGUAGAGAAAGGAACACAAACCAGCAGCACCGGUCUAUCCCGGAGCUCCACACAUAUGGACCCUGACAAGGACAAGGACAAGGACUCCACCACCGUGUUUGAGAUCUGUCACGUCGAGCAGGAUCCCUACUGUCCUAAGUCCAUCACUAUCGUCAAAGAAACCGUAUCGCAAGAGGUUCACAAGCACGAGAACUGCGAGAGUGAUAAAGAAGUGAGCGCCCACCGGUACGUGUACAAGAAGGAGGUCAUCGAACCGUACCUCGAGCCCGACCCGUCGCUGGACUGCAAGACCAAGGACGAGCUGGUCGCGGCCGCGCUCCACUCGGCCGUCAAAGACUUCCCUGACUACAAACAUUGCUUGCAGAUGGAGGAUAAAGGCUCGAAGCACAGCUGUCCCGAUAAAAAUAGCCCCGGGAAGGUGAACGCCGUCACCUCCAUCGACCCAAGUGCCAUCAUCAUUAGCAUGAUCGAAACCGGAAAAAACAAGGACAAGUCCUCUCACUCUCUUCAAGAAAAGUGCUCAAGAUGUACUCCGGAGCCACCGUGCGCGAACGCCGCCCCGGUGAAGGAGCACUGUCCUCGAAGCUCAAGCGACCUUGCUCCCGGCCAAAAUAAUAUUACGAAAUCUUGCGCUGAUCUCUAUAAGUCAGCUGAAAACAUCACCAAGUUAGUGAAGAGUUCGGUGACGAGGCUUCUGGGAACGAAGGAAUGCCCGAAGCAGUCGUCUGAGUGCAAACAACAGCCUGCACCCCACGACGCCAGAGACGACUCUUGCAGCCAUCAGCACGAAUGUGACGACGGGUCGGCCGACGCCGAGCCGGGCCGGGGGGCCAGACUCAAGGCGGCGGUCGGGGACUUCGUGAGUAAAGUGUACCAGACCACACACGACGCGGUGACCGUCAUCACCACCGAGAGCGCUAAACAAAUUGAAAAAUUCAGAAAAUCGAAAUCUGAUGACUGCACUAUCAUCAAAGAAAGUAAGCCCGCAGAGACUAGUUCUGGCUUUAAGUUUUUCAAAAAAGCGGAGACAGAGGGCAAGAAGUGCUCAGAGAGCGGCCCAGAGAGCGGCCCCGAGGGCGGCGAGGUCUGUGCGAAGCUCGUCGACAAGGUGGGCUCCAGCGUCUCUAUGAUGAGUUCUCUGCUGAGAGGUCGCAGCUCCCCUCACGACGUGCCCACGCCGCCCCGGGACGUCUCGCACGAGCUGAGGCCGGACGUGAUGCCCGCGUCGGGAAGUGUGUUCGCGACCAUCAAGUCUACAUUGUUUUCGAUGUUCUAUGACAUCGUGUCCUCUAACGGCCCUCCCUCGAGAGGUUCUCUCUCCAGUACGUCGUUAGAGACCUCAGACACCGAGGAUGAUGCAGGCUUCAUGAACAGGUUUAUCGAUUAG